UAAGGGAGACAAAGGCGGUUGGGCGUGGUGCUGCUGGACACCCACCCCCUCGUGUGCCACAGUGCCAGACUCCAUAGGCGCUGCUACUUCUCGUUACUAACAGUCACUUGCCCCCGGCAGUCUGUUACAGGCUACACGGGGGAUCUUUGUCUUUCUUGUUUGUGCGCGCGCGUAUUGACUGUGACAUCACACGUGGGAGGUCUGGACCAAGUUGGACAUGGAGGAGCACGUGACCCGAGUAACGUUUAAAAGGGGAGACGGGGAGAGGAUUUCAGUGACUUGGUGACCAACGCUGAGCACCGACAACCUCCGAUUAGCAGGACGCUCAGCUGCUACGUACGGUGGAACGAAAGAAAAUUCAACGUACCAUGUCCAUCUCGGCCCUACCGCUGCUGCUGCUGCUUGGGGUGGUGGGAGCCCAGCAGGAGAGGACCGUCUGCGCGGGCAUCAACGGGAUCCCCGGACAGCCCGGAGCUCCGGGGCAGCACGGGACCCCUGGGGCCCCCGGGAGGGACGGCAGAGACGGCGUUACCGGAGCACCUGGAGCCAAGGGAGACCUCGGGGCUCGAGGCUUGACUGGAGACCCAGGUCUGCCGGGAAAGCUGGGCCCUCUUGGCCAACCAGGGCGCGCGGGGACUCCGGGAGUCCCAGGUGAGCAGGGCGAAAGAGGCGAGAAAGGCGAGCGGGGAGAGAGCGGCGUGGGGCCCAGGUCAGCCUUCUCUGCGAAGGUCGGCGCCUACACGCCGGCAGCCGGCGCUCCAAUGACGUUCAACGUCAUCAUCACCAACCCGCAGGGCCACUACAACCCCGGCACGGGGAAGUUCACCUGCGCCCAUCCAGGCGUCUACUAUUUCACGCUGUACAUGCAUGCCCAUGAAAAGCACCUCGUGAUUAUGAUCAUGAAAAACGGGAAGGUCGUCUCUAAGGUGUGCGGUGAGAAAUUCAACGCAAUAAGUGGCAGCGUCGUGCUGAGUCUCAAAGCCGAGGAUGAGGUUUGGCUGGAGAUGGAGGCUCCAUACAUAAAUUUGUUCUUCAACGUGCACAGAGAUGCGGUGUUCAGCGGCUAUAUCCUGUACCCCGAGUGAAUCGUUUUUGUUUCUAUCGGCGUGUCUGGGAAGACAGAUUGGGAACACAAUAACACACACGCAUAUGUACCCCCUCCCCCCGUGAUAAACAAAGCUUUUGGGUAACAUCUCAGAAAAAUACCCAGCAAAUAUGCUCGGCUUGCCCAAUGCUGUGGUAAUGACUGCAAAUUUUCGGAUGUGAAAUUUUCUCACCAGAGGAAAAAUAGAGCCAGCACUUUUUCUCAGCCACCUUUCUCCAUGUCAGCCAGGGUGUCUGGGCGAUUAUGAAUCGGUUAGACAAUGCAGAGAGACAUAGCUGCAUGCACCAACUGAAAAAGUCCUGAAACCUCACCAAUUUUCACAUCCGGCAUCGGCAGUGAAGGGGGAAAUAUUCCAAUUCCAGCUGAUAGCUAAGAGUUGCUCAUUUCUAACAUGGGAGAGAGAGGAGAGGGGAUCAAUUUUCUCUCCCGUGCAAUUCCCUCAAUAUUUUGCAUCGGACGGCAACAGAAAGAAGGACAAUAACUCCAUCUGGAAUACUGGGAAUCUUAACAAGAUUUGGAAUGUAGUAACUAUGCCUUGGUUCGUUACGCACAAGGACGUGACCCAACUGUGGCGGAUAACAAUUUCUUGACAACCAAGUACAACCAAUUCUUCAAACUCUCGGCGACAAUAAUAACACGUGUCUACAGAACCCUGCAGUUCACCGACUUCACACAGCGACCCCGCGUGUCAACAAUGACGGAAACCACGUCGACUUACACAGGUAGAGACCACCGUGAGGACCGUUCACACCAACCCUGAUGCACGCCUCAACUCCUGGGCGACGAGGCAACGUACCAGAUGCACUGGGUACGCAAAUUCACCAUCGAGGUCGACUACAGCGUCAGGGACACCCCCAGGACUCAACGGUAGAGCCGUACUCCCAAAAUUCAACACAGAAUCAACCUCGGUCUUGCAUUGCACUCACAACAGUGCUCUUAUGGGAUCUAUGCAGCGGCAGUCUCGGGAUUUGUGUUUUGCGCUUCCAAAAGCGCUCUGAGUGACUCCAUGCAGUGACAGUCUCGGGACUUGGCUGGAAAUUCCAGCAGUGGUCUGAACAUAAGACUCACACAGAGACCCAUAGACUCACACAGAGACCCAUAGACUCACACAGAGACCCAUAGACUCACACAGAGGCCCGUAGACUCACACAGAGACCUGUAGACUCACACAGAGGCCCGUAGACUCACACAGAGACCCAUAGACUCACACAGAGACCCAUAGACUCACACAGAGACCCAUAGACUCCCUCAGAGACCCAUAGACUCACACAGAGACCCAUAGACUCACACAGAGAUCCUUAGACUCACACAGAGACCCAUAGACUCACACAGAGACCCAUAGACUCACACAGAGACUCAUAGACUCCCUCAGAGACCCAUAAUUUGUGGUCCUUCCCCUCUCUCUUCUGAUUCGCACGGUUGGCUAUGUAUGGUGCGAAAGAAGUUCAACGUACAUACAUACACACGCACACACAGGGCACGCUUGUUGGGAAUUAUUUGUUACUUAGCCACGAAGUUAGAAAUGGGAUUGUAGUCAAUAGUUUUCACUGCACCAUCUAUCAAGUAGGUUCACGUGGCCCCUACUGCAAUAGAACACCUUGAAAGAGAUUAAGCCUGCCUACAUAUUAUUCGCUCAAAGUUCCACGUUUGGUGAGUCCUCGCUUCCACUAUAUAACGCGCUUCUUCCAUUUCAAAACACUUUUCACUCAAUGCGGAAUGCACACCAUUAUGUUAUAACACAGAACGAUCACCGUUACAAUAGGUAACGCCGCUGCCUGUUACGACGUGGAACGCACGUACCGUUACAACGUGGAAUGCGCGCACCAUUAUAAUGCAAAAUACAAACCGUUAUAAUUCAGAACGCACGCACCGUAAUAAGAAGGAAUACGCACGCAGUUAUAAUGCUGAAUGCAUGCAACGUUACAACGCGUAUCGUGCUCAACGUUAUAACACAGAACGCUUAACAUUAUAACAGGGAACUUGUGUGCUGUUGUAACGUGGAACGUGCUCCACCGUUGCUGUAACGCGGUUUCUGAGAGGUCAGCGGGCAAAGUACUUUCUCAAGACUGCAUGAUGGCUCAACUGUUAUGGUGAAGCGGUAACGCGGAGUGAUACGGUGACACGGCGAUGCUCGGCCCGUCGGUUGACGGGGAACUACUUUUUAAGAGUGCUCCUCUCACGUUAAUGUCCUAGGGCCACAGCGUGUGGCGUUGAUGCGGACUUCUCGUCGCGUGCUUCUGUGCGUUGCUGAAAGAAAGGAGGCUUUUUUUCUUUAUUUCCAAGGGGUUUUUCGUCUGCCAUACAUAAAGGAUCUGUAAUCGUGUGAAUAUUUAUUUGUGUCAAUUUGUAUGUUUGUGUAUGCCAACUUCAAAUAGUAAACACAUGUAAAAC